AAGCGGGGCGGGGCGCCGCCGGUCACGUGGCUCCGCGGCGGGCCGGGGCGGGAGCCGGCGCGGGCCCGGGCAGCGCCAUGUCGCUGCGGGAGCGGAGCCCGGGCGCCGCCGCGGAGGCCGGCGAGGACGCGGGGGCGGUGCUGGCGGAGGCAGAUGGCCCCGAGCGGUGGCUGUCGCUGCUGCCUUGGGACCGCUUCUCGGCCUGGCUGCACUGCGUGUGCGUGGUGGGCUUCGACCUGGAGCUGGGGCAGGCCGUGGAGGUAAUAUAUCCUCCACAUUCAAAACUCACAGAUAAAGAGAAAACCAAUAUAUGCUAUUUGUCUUUUCCAGAUUCUAAUUCAGGUUGCCUUGGAGACACACAGUUUUGUUUUAGAUUUCGACGAUCUCCUGGAAGGAAGGUCUCAUUGUGUUGUUUUCUGGACCAAUUGGACAGAGAUCUGCCAGUUUACUUAAAGAAAGAUCCAGCGUACUACUAUGGCUAUGUAUAUUUCAGACAAGUUCGAGACAAAUCAUUAAAAAGAGGCUAUUUCCAGAAGUCACUGGUCCUCAUCAGCAAACUACCUUAUGUCCAUCUCUUUCGCACCAUGCUUAAGCAAAUAGCACCAGAAUAUUUUGAAAAAAGUGAAGCUUUCCUGGAAGCAGUUUGUAGCGAUGUUGAUCGUUGGCCACCACCAAUUCCAGGGAAAAUAUUGCAUUUGCCUAUUAUGGGCAUUAUAAUGAAGUUGCGGAUUCCAACAUAUCGUGACAAGCCUGGAACAACGCCAAUAGUACAGAAUAUGCACCAGGCAGAUGCUCAGAUCUCCAUGGCUUUACCGACUGUUCAUGAAGUAGAUCUUUUCAGGUGUUUCUGUCCAGUGUUCUUUCACAUUCAGAUGCUUUGGGAACUAGUAUUGCUAGGAGAACCGCUUGUUGUGAUGGCACCAUCACCAUCAGAAUCUUCGGAAACAGUCUUGGCACUUGUUAGUUGUAUUUCACCAUUAAAGUACUGCAGUGAUUUCAGGCCAUACUUUACCAUACAUGACAGUGAAUUCAAAGAAUAUACAACUCGCACACAAGCCCCACCAUCUGUCAUUCUAGGGGUGACGAAUCCUUUUUUUGCUAAAACACUUCAGCACUGGCCUCACAUUAUCCGAAUUGGAGAUAUUAAACUUCCAGGUGAAGUUCCAAAGCAGGUGAAAGUGAAAAAACUGAAGAACCUAAAAACUUUGGACUCCAAACCUGGUGUUUAUACCUCUUACAAGCCAUACUUGAACAAAGAUGAAGACAUCGUUAAACAGUUACAAAAGGGUGUACAACAGAAACGUCCUACAGAAGCACAGAGCGUGAUUCUUCGGCGAUAUUUUUCGGAAUUGACGGAAAGUUUCAUUAUUCCAUUAGAACGUUAUGUGGCAAGCCUAAUGCCUUUGCAAAAAUGCAUAUCACCAUGGAAGAGUCCACCACAGCUGAGGCAAUUUAGCCAAGAUGAUUUCAUGAGGACACUGGAAAAAGCAGGACCACAGCUCACAUCAGGUUUAAAAGGAGACUGGAUAGGACUUUACAGGCAUUUUUUGAAAUCGCCCAACUUUGAUGGUUGGUUUAGGAGCCGGCAAAAAGAAAUGACACAGAAGCUGGAGGCCCUUCAUUUAGAAGCACUCUGUAAUGAGAACUUGGUUUUCUGGAGUCAGAAGCAUACUGAAGUAGAAACGGUGGAUCUUGUCUUAAAAUUGAAGAAUAAACUGUUGCAGGCUGACAGAGAACAGCUUCCUGUGAAAACUGACACGCUGAAAAAGCUGCAGAUGCACAUCAAUGAUAUUAUACUAGCACUUCCAGAUGACUUACAGGACAUCUUGCUGAAAACAGGCACAACAUGAUUUCUGCUGGGCUUUCUUUUGUGCAGAAAACAAAAGGCAAAUGUAGUUUCACAGAAGGCAGUGGCUUACCAACUUCAGAACACAGCUGUAAAUAGUAUGUUAACACUACAAAUGGACUGUGCUAGUAGUACAGCCCAUUAUACUAUUUUCACUGUUUUUUCUACUUAAAUACCAAUGCAACUAAAGGAAUUCCUGUGUCUAAUAAUGUUUGAAAUAAGUGCUCUUAAAGAAAAAUCUGUGGGCAUAUGAAACUAUACCACAGUGUAGGACCACAGUGCAGUGCUGGCAUUGCAGAAUGUCUUAUAAUUGGUGCUGCUACACCCAAUCCUGGUAACUCAGGGGUAAGCAAUAUUGAUCCUGUUAUCCUGUUCUGUCCUGUUGAUGUAGUAUCUGAUUGCUUCCCCCUCCCCCCCCCCCUUGUAGUUUUCAUCUAGUGCUAAGCCCAACUGGCUUAUUGUGUGACUUGGUCAGAAUACAUUAUAGUUGACGUAUUUUACUGGUAAAUCAUUGCUUUCAAAACUGCUUCAGGGACAGCUGAAAUAAUCAGAUUGGUUCUUGACUUUCUUCUUUUUCCUUCCUACCAUCCUUCCAAAACCAUAUUAAUUUAGUAUCUUUAAAGAAGAGAAGGCAGCUGACAAAAAUUUCCUGAAGUCUCUUCCAUUCAAUAUCAGUUAAUUAGGGUGCUCUUAAAUCACAUGCCUUAAAUAUAAAGUAAUUGUGUACUAAUCAGUAGUUUUAAACUGCUGACAUUCAGGAUUUAAAGUGGAUUACUAGUGUAAAUGAAGUAAGCAGUAUUCAUCACAGGGAAUACACACAUGGUGGUGUGUUUUUAACUCGGUGAUUUCAGUACAGUUAGCUGAUACACAAUCUGUUUCAGCUGGUGAUCGUAGCAGUCAGCUCCUGUAAUAAAUAUUUUAUAUUUUUAUUUUUUUUACUUAUACCUGUAGGGUGUUUGAGGAGGUAAUAGGGCUGGAGGGAGAUGAUGUUGGCUUCAGCUGAAAAAAACCCUAUGGAAAGGUCGAACUGUGUCAAGAAAAGAUUGUAGCAUGAAAUUAUUCUCAGUAUGUGUAUAUAGCAGACAUGCAUAAAGAGUAAUUGCCUCUUGCAUAUUAAGCAACAAGAAUGUGAUGUUUUUCCUGAACACGUUUCAGUGGUAUAUAAGAACUCAGCUGCUCCACAUGCAGUGUUGUACUUUUGACCAGUUUGAAGUAGAAUAAACUUAUUGCUAGAGUGUACACGCAGCGUACACUUUUAUAUGACAAGUGGAUCACAGUUAUUAAAAAAAAUAUCUGCUUUUAAGUGCUUGGAUAGAAUUUUUAAAAAUUUGCAACAUAUUCCUGCUACAAGAAUAUGCUUUUGUAUGAUAAAUAUUUCAUACCAUCUUUCUAAAAAUGUCUUAUUUAGAUAUAAAGUGUCACAACGGUAUUUUUAUGAAAAUAUGUAUUUUAAUACUGAUAUGGUUUGUAUACAAUUACUCAUUACCAAAAGUUUAAUGUAUCUUUUCUGUUACUUAAACUACACCACUUCAGCAUUAAUUCCUAACUUAAAAAUUUUUUGCACACCUGAUGAAUAACCUUUCUAAUCCAGAAAUUAGUAAGUGGCCAUUCUUAUACUAAAUUAUCUUCAAUAUUUAAUCUGGAGCACUGUGUAGUUUCUUGGAACCAUGUAGACUGGUAACAACUAUGAUAACUGUCACAUGACUGCAAGUAUGUAUUUUUGUAAAAGGAAAUAAAGGGUUUGCUAUCU